AUGAAUCCACAACAACACUCUGAAUUUUCUUUCUCUCCUUCUCAAAAGAAGACGAAAUUAUCACAUCAUAAUGAACAAGAUAUUCAUGAAGAAAUUCUCUCUCCUGAAAUUCGUAACAUGAAGACUCAACCCAUUCUCGCAGCAGACACUUUGGUAUGGAUCGGAACCUACUUGGAUAUCAUUGAUGUUUUAAAAUCCAUGUCUGGAGUUUGUAAAUAUUGGAAUCAAGUCUGUGCAGGUGAUGUUUUAUGGAGAAUGAUCUUUCAGAGAGAAUUGGGUCCAAUGGAUUGGUUUUUACAGAAAUUAAAUCAAAAUUUACGGAAUGCCAAUUCGGGUUCUUCUUUCAAGAUUUGUCCCAUGAAGUCUUAUCGUACAUUGUUUGAUCAGAAUGAAGAUCAUUCUCAAAGUACCAAAAUUUCAUACAAGAUCAUUACGGAAGAACAUGAACAUUUUGAAACGUAUGAAUGUCGACCUGGCUAUGCUACGGAUAGUGAUCAGGAAGAUAGGGUCAAGACUUCUACAAUGAGAAGGAAGAAUUUGAAAUUCUUGGAUGAGAAACAACAACAACUAACCGAACAACCGGAAAACAACAGACAAAAGAAGAAAUUACUUGUUGCUGAAUCUCCUGAGCUUUCCAUGGACAUGAUUCAACAAGUGUUGCAAGAUUGUUUUGGAGAAGAUCGAAUUUGGUUGAAUUUAUUUAAAUUAGUUGUUUCCUUGAUUCCCAUUCAGAAUUACAAAAUGAUGACUGAAAAACAAAUUAUUCAACCUCUUCAAAAUAUUGUGCCAUUGAAUUCCUCCAAAAACAAUGCUAUGGAUGAUGAAGAGGAUUAUACCGACGAGGAAGAAGCAGAGGAGGAUUCGGAGGAUUCAGAUGAAUCAAAAACAGCAGAAAGCACAAACCCUGAAGAAUUCUUUCAGAAGGAUUUUGUAUUUAAGGGUAGACAUGAUGAAGAGUCUUGGCACAACCUAAUGUCAAAAAAUUAUUGCUAUUUUACUGUGAGAUUGGAUGAAAUGGUGAAACGAAUCGAGUCGAGCAAAGUGGAACAUGCUUCCCUCUUGAGAAAGGCGUUAUAUUUUGAUAUCAAGACUCACAAACUUGCUGUUAUUUUAAGCAUUUUCGAUCGACAUGGAUUGAUAUUGAGAUAUUUCGGAUCUCCUAAUGGUGACGACUCGACUAAGAACUAUUUGAAUACCAUCAGUGACCAGCUUGCCGUUCAUGUUCAAAAUGUUUUCAACUAUGACCUCUACGCGAAAAAGAAUCCAGCACUUCCAAGAACUCCUUACAUUGCAGAGUGUGCUCAGAUGUGUGUUGGUGUAAAGACAAGCUACCAUCUCAUAUCUGUUUUGAAAUUUUGUUUCAGUGUGUUGUGUGAAAAAGAAGACUUGAUUUAUCAACCAUCCCUAGCUCUUCAGGAGAUUAACAAGGAUCAACCUGCCAAAACAAUAUGGUAUGAUGAUCGAUUAGUGAAUUCCAAGUUACCACUUGAAAAGAGCAUUGCAGUUGGUCCACUCACACAAGAUGCAUUCAUGCCCUUUUGUAAAUAUUUGUUGAUGGAUCGACCAGUUUUUGAUAGAUAUUCGUAUGGAGUGUCACGUGUUUCAGCGAAAAUGGAUGGAAAACAGCAGAAAGCUCAUUUUGCUUGUGGAAAACCUGGAUGGUGUUGUGGAUUCUGGAAUGCCAAUUUUUAUUGGUAUAAUGCAGCAAAAUUCUCCACGGAAAUUAGCAAGUGUGAUGAUGGUCAUGCAAUUUUGAAAGUAGAGCAAGAUCAAUCCAACAUUUUGCACAAUUUGUGUUAA